GUCACGUGACAUCCCCUUGGUAACGCAAGAUGGCGGCGCCCAUGUUGCUGCCCGAGUCCCCUCUGGGGAAGUUGAGCCAUCAAAAAUACAGAGCUAUUCUGAAGAAAGAGAAGCGAAAAAAAAAGCGGCAGGCGCUUGCCAAACUAAGAGACUCAGAAGCCACAGAAAAAGAUGAAUCAGUGUCUGAGGAGGAAGAGGAAGAACUGGAAGAAGAGGAAGAGGAAGAAGAAGAAGAAAAAAAACUUGAGGCAGAAAGACAAAAACUACAUGAGCAGUGGUUGCUGAGAGAAGAAAAGGCCCAAGAAGAGUUCAAGCUUAAGAAGGAAAAAGAAGAGGCUGCAAGAAAACGUCAAGAAGAAGAAGAGAGGAAGAUCAAAGAAGAAUGGGAAGAGCAGCAAAGAAAAGAGAGAGAAGUGGCACAGCAGAAGCAACAGGAGAAGAGAGAGAGAGAGGCAGCUGUACAGAGGAUGCUGGAUCAAGCUGAAAGCCAGCUGGAGAAUGGUGUGACCUGGCACAACCCAGAGCCCCCAGAGAACAUAGGAACAGAGAAGGAUAGAGCAAAUUGCCCAUUCUAUAUUAAAACAGGUUCCUGCCGAUUUGGAGACAGGUGUUCUCGCAAGCAUAACUAUCCAACAUCUAGUAAGACACUACUUGUCCGAGGGAUGUUCAUUACUUUUGGCAUGGAGCAGUGCCGGAGAGAUGACUAUGACACGGACGCAAGUCUCGAGUACAGUGACGAGGAGACCUACCAGCAGUUCCUGGAGUUUUAUGAGGACGUGCUCCCCGAGUUUCAGAAUGUGGGGAAGGUUGUUCAAUUCAAGGUCAGUUGCAACUAUGAGCCUCACCUGCGAGGAAAUGUUUAUGUCCAGUACCAGUCGGAGAAGGACUGUCAGGCAGCACUUGCUCUAUUCAGUGGACGAUGGUAUGCAGGCCGACAGCUUCAUUGUGAAUUUUGUCCUGUGACGAGGUGGAAAACUGCUAUAUGUGCAACAGCAGUUUCUGAACCACCAACAGUUCUUAGCAGCUUAUUUGAAAGGCAGAAGUGUCCAAGAGGGAAACACUGCAACUUUCUUCAUGUAUUCAAAAAUCCAAACAAUGAGUUUUGGGAGGCCAAUAGAGACAUACGUAUUUCUCCUGAACGGACUAGUCAGUUGUCUAAAAACUCUGAAAGGAGAAACAGAACGAGCCAUCGUGACGACUAUUACAGCCGGUCAAGGAGAAGGGGCAGCCCAAGCCCAGACCAUUCUUACCGUAGAAAUGGAGAGUCCGAGAGAAAAAAGAAUCGCCGCAAAAACAAGAGAAGGCGCCGGUCUGGCAGGUCACGAAGUCGAGAGAGGAGGAGGUCUCGCAGCAGGGGGAGGAAGAGGAGAGGCCGCAGUCGCAGCAGAAGUCAUAGUCGAACACGCAGUAGGAGCAGAAGUCGGAGUUCCUCUCGAUCCAGGAGCAGGGGUAAAAAGAGAUCGAGCAGCAGAGGAAAAAGUAGCGAAACUCCCAAAACAAAGUGAGAAUUACUUUUAGAAGGUGCUAAUUGAUCCAACAUAGAGCUGACAAAUGUUUCCAAUAGGGCACCAGAUAUAUUUGAGUUUCAAAUAAAGUGUUCUUGCACAUUAAAAUGUUUCUUCCUAAUAAAGGAACUUAGUUUACUGUGUGCUAAGCUUCAGAAAAUCAAAAGUUUAAGUCCUAUAUAAGGUGUGAAUGUUAAGUACUCUAGCUACUCUGUCCCUCUGAACUGCUGCAACAUCUGGAUGCGUACUGAGUACAAAUAGAAAGAGAAGUAAAGCUUAUUUGGUAUAUGCUUAUUUCCGUGUUAUGUGUGUGUUAAGUGUUUACUGUCCCUGUAAGGAGCUAGUACAGAACAGGCAGUGCGCUGUAACUUCACACCACAGCACACUGCAAAUUGAAAUCUGUGUAGAAGACUGCCAUGUUGUAGUUUUCUGUCUGUUUAUGGGAAAUCUCUUUCUAGACAAAGUAAAUAGAAUCAUGCUAUGAGUUGGAGAAAAGGAAUCUAAAAGACAUCACUGUUUGACUGUACAGUACUUGCCCAGUAGGAGCUUUGUGGUCAUAAGUGUUGGAUUUUUCUCUCUCCCCUGACUGAGCUGAGCUAAUUGCCUCAAGGGAUUGCAUUAGACUAAAACCAAGAAGGAAGUAAACAGAAAAACAAUCAAUUUAUUCAGUACCUUAAUCCUCAAGUAAGAGCGGAGACCAUGCACUUGCAAUCCUUGAGUAAGGCUAGAAAAUACUUUGCAUACCUCUUGGUUGCAUACCAUUUGUAGUUGCAAACAACCUGCCUGACCUGGGAUGGAGUGGUGGAAAAGUGUACAUCUGGUAACUGAAGAUGGGUAUAUGUACUUGUGAAGGCUCAAGAUGGUUGCAGAGUGGCUAAAGAAACUGAAGGUUUUAUACCUGAAACAAUACAUUAGUUUUUUUGGAGAGGAGGACUUGACUUUAAGCCUUUUUAGGCUUAUUUUACAUAUGGUUUAAGGCACCCUACUGUCUAGCUUCCCUACGGUCAAGGUGGAGAGUAGGGUAUGUAAAAAUGAAGUUAUCGAGACAAAACUUUUCAAACAAUAGCCAUAUUAGCAAAGUAUCUGCAAUUGGAUAAAUCCUUACAAAUAUUUCUUCACUUUGAAAUGAAAGAUUUGUGCUGUUAGAUGGGCCGUACUUCACACUGCUUAACUUCAGGUACUUAACUUAGGCAGCCAGGUGUCCUUAGAUGCUCAGCCAGAGCUGUCUGUGGCCCUGAGGCACGGCUGCCCUGAGUGGGCUGCAGAGAUACCUCCCCCUCUUUAGCCUCCCCAAAGAACUGGGGCUCUUGUCCGGAGCGUACAGUUCAGACUACCUAAGUUAGAAGCCUCAAGUAGACACAAAGUGCUCCUGAACAGAUACUCGUUAUGACUCCAAGAAUAUAACGUAAAGUCCCGUAGAAAAAUCUGGAUAUCCAAACUUUACGGUAGCGUUCCUCACAGCAAGAACAUUUUUCCCCCAGGAUAGUUAAGAAUGAAUGAACAUUGCUUCUGGAUAUAAUAUAUAUAUUUUUGCUUUUCUAAAUGCAUACUGCACCUAGCAUGCUGAUGAUACAUUUUCCUUCUUUCAUGUGUAACUGUUGUCCAAUACGGAGUAAUACAACAAAAGUGCUAUAUAUUGUUCAGUUCAAACCCGACUUUCACUAUAUAUUGUCAUAACUGUAGGCAGAAUUAUAGCUUAGUUAAUUUGAUUAAAUGUUUUAGUUAUUAACAGAUGUAGGAAUUGUAAUUUAAUAGCAUAACUUUUGAAAUAAUAACUUUGUUUGAAAGGCAUAUUUCAAAGGAUAGACAGCACUAAGUUUUAAAUUAUAUUUGAGAAAUUUGUGACCGCCAGUUUCUCAUCAUGUUAUCUUUUUCUGACUAGACCUUAUGGACAGAUUUUCCCCGAGGUUUCUAUUUUUUCACAUAUGCUCACUUGUCUAGUUGGGUCACUCGCACGGGACGUGGCACACACAGUUUCAGUUCUCCGGAGCAGAACCGAGCUGGCAUUUCCUGCUUGCCAAAAGGCACCGCCGACAGGCCAGUGACCUCUUCAUUUCACUGGUGCUGCCUUGCAUCCCACACCUCGUGCUGCUCAGCUAGCCUGCUGGUUAGGGCUCUCGAGUGGAAGGGUUGAUUUGUGCCAUCUGUAGUACGUGUUACAUCCCGUGUCAUGCGGCAGGCGGUUGCUGAGCGUUAUCUGAGAGAAAUCAAUUGCCGAGCUCAGAGGGGAAUGGGUGGUGGGAGCCUGCAACCAGCCAGGUGAAAUAAGCAAAGCAGGCCUCUGUAGGAUUAGAAACCAAGUGCCAGCUAAGACCCAUGUGAGAAUUCCACAGAUGAUUAGGCUCCUUGUCUCCACAGUUUUGUAACAGGAUCUGGGAAGCUGAGCUGCUGUAUUUAAAAAAUAAAAAAUUUCCUAUGAUUAAAAAGAAAAACUUGCUCAAAGAUGUAUGUAAAAAUUUACUUUAUUCCUGCUACUAUAAUGGCUGAAGCUUCAGCUUGCUUUUCUUGAGGUCUGGACCCAAACUUGCUGGCUCUAUCAGUGCAGGGUAGGACUGGUAGCUGUAAUUAUCAUUCACUUUCACAGGCAGUCUGUUUAUUACACAGAAAUGGAGUGCUGUAGAUCUGACAUUUAGUUUGCAUUUGUUAGCAUGAAACCUGGAAUUCAGCCAGUUUUCUAACUUCAGAGUUCAUGUAUUUCAGUAUUAUUUCCCUACUUCAUAAUCUUUAGUGUUAUAUGCAUGGUUUUGUGUUUCCUUAUUAGCCAAGUGAGCUAUUUAUUCUGAAGAGACAAAGAGACUAGAAGUUUUUAAAUGUUAAGCUUAAUUCUUCUUUUUCCAAAGGGGAGAAGCCCCAGAAGAACACAGAAAUUAUUUAAAUUUGCAAGGAAUAGCUUGUUCUUACUGUGUGUUAUUCUGCGUAUUCCAUGUAAAAGGACCUUAUAAAGUGAAUUAAUAUUGGCCAAGUUCUGUUUUGUUUUGUUUGGAAUGACUGCUUAAAAGCAGUGGCUUUCAAAGUUCUUUUUUUUUCAGUUGUGAAUGCUGCAAGGAUCACUGAUGUGCUUUAGCGUGACUGUGAAAGCGGGUGUUUGCAGAGAGCUGCAGGAAGUUGGUGAGGGCAGGAGCUCCUUUAGCAGUCAGGGUGACCCUUCUCCUCUGGAAGGAUGAACUCAGCCAAGCCAGGCAGCACCUCAGCAUUUUUCCAGUUGCAGAAGGGCAACGACGACAGUGCAGUGGGAACUCCUGUAGGCAGAGGCAGCAAGUACUGGUGCCAGGCAUGAGGGAAGAGGGCUUGCCCCUGGCAGCAGCAGCAGCACACCUUCCAGUUGUGCCUGAUGGCUGCUUCCAUCGGAUUUCCCUGCCUGCCUGUCCAGAGGAGCUAACUUCCAUCACAGGGAGAAGGGGCAGCACGCCUCUGCCUGCCAAACACACAGCUUUCCUUUUUUACAGAGGGAGAACACCUGAAAAGGCCCUCCCUCUUCAGCCCUUCCCUUCCUUGUAGGGCAGAUGGUCUGAAAUGCACCCCAAGGAGCUUCUCAGCUCUCUGUCCUCUGAGGAUAGCAUGUCUUUCUCAGAUUCAGUUUUGCAUUACCAUGGUCAAGUGUAUCAGAAAUUGCCCUGAAGUUUACCAGUGACAUUCCUGUGUGCUAAAUGACUUUUUUUCUUUUUUUUUUUUCAAAAGAAAUGCAAAAGCCUGCUUAAAGAUGCUAUUGCUUCCUGUCCUGGAUCAGCACUUCUUACAAAACAUGAAAGUCUAUGCUAGUUAACUUAAGAGCUUAAUUUACUUUCUUACAUCAUCUAAAGAGUGCAGCUGAUUUUGCUUUCACUCUAAGUUUGUUGUAAUUAAAAUAAACCCCUACUGUUCCACAUAUUGUUCUGUUCAGCACUGAUGUAUCAGCUGAAUUCAGUAUCUAUGUUUUUUUUUUUAAAAAAACAACAACAUCAACAAGUUACACUUCAGCAAACCAUGAGACUGCUUACAAAGCAAGCCAUACAAGCAGAACCCAUGGCAAAUGGUGACCAUCAUCAUGGUGUUAAAAGCAACAGCAGAUGUUUAGGAAGGCCCCUUCAAGGUAAAGACUAGGAUUCAGUUAUGAAGUUGAAGACACUCAAGCCAACAAUCACUUGCCUAAACAAUCUAGAAAUUCUGAUUCUUUAGCUCCCUCCCACCCCCUUCGAUAGGCAAUUCAAGAGACCAAAUUUUACUCUCAUAUUAUUAUUAAAGAAAUGCCCAAAGACGGUAAAGUGUUCCCCAUGCUUUUGCCGGUAACAUUAACUAGUUCAGUUCUUUUAGAAAGCUGGAGAACAGAUUUUGUUUGAGACUAGGAUUGUGAAUGUUGCAUUGACUUGCUCAUAAUUCCAUGUAAGGAACUGAAUAUUCAGUCUGUAUUUCCAGAACCCUCUCUCAAGCAACAUGUGGUUUAAAUUUCAAAUGAAGUGACACAACUGCAUCAAUUUAACAUCCACUUCAAUAAAUUUCAAGUUUAAUGUAGUAAGCCUUCCAAAACCUUGCUAAUUUAUUGCUUUCUGUACAACUUAAAUGGAUGUAAAUAACAACUUGGACACAAUAUCCUUGCACAUUUUUUAAUAAAGUGCUCAAGAACAGGUUAAGCACUGUAAUAAAAUUUCCCUUUUUUUUUAA